CUUCUCAGCUCACGUCGCCGGAGCUUCAGCCAAUAAGAUCUCCGGACAGAUCAAAUAUCACUAUAACAGGAGGACUUAACCGCCCUGGCAAGUGGAGAGAACCUACGGCCAGUCUCAGCCACCAGGGAGCUACCUUCGUUCAUCUUUUGUCAGGUGUUCCGAGGUCCACCGCCAUCAUGUCUGACACAGAGGAAGUUGAUCAAGUCGAGGAAUAUGAAGAAGAAGCUGAGGAGGAGGCACCCGUGGAGGAGGCCCAUGCCGAAGAAGAAGCCUAUGAAGAGGAAGCUGGAGAAGAAGAGCACGAUGAGGAGAAGCCAAGGCCCAAGAUGACCGCUCCCAAGAUCCCAGAGGGCGAGAAAGUCGACUUUGAUGACAUCCAGAAGAAACGUCAGAACAAGGACCUGGUGGAGCUGCAGGCCCUCAUUGAUGCUCACUUUGAGCACAGAAAGAAGGAGGAGGAGGAGCUCAUCGCUCUGAAGGACAGAAUCGAGAAGCGCCGAGCUGAGAGGUCCGAGCAGCAGAGGAUCCGAACAGAGAAGGAGAAGGAGCGCCAGGCGAGACAGGCUGAAGAGAAGGCACGCAGAGAGGAGGAGGCAAUGAAGAGAAUGGCUGAUGACGACUUGAAGAAGAAGAAGGCUCUGAGCAACAUGGGCUCUCAGUACAGCAGCUACCUGGCCAAGGCUGACCAGAAGAGGGGCAAGAAGCAGACUGAGAGGGAAAAGAAGAAGAAGAUCCUGGCAGAAAGACGCAAGCCUCUUAACAUUGACCAUCUGAAUGAUGACAAGCUCAGGGAGAAGGCCAAGGAGCUGUGGGACUGGAUGCACUCUCUGGAAUCUGAGAAGUUCGAUCUCGGAGAGAAAUUGAAGAGGCAGAAGUACGAGGUUAUCUCCCUCAGAAACCGAAUUGAUGAACUCCAGAAACAUAGCAAGAAGGGCCAGGCCGCUCGCCGCAGAAAGUAAGCUGCCGAGGGAGGACGCGCCGGACCGGCUGCUUGGAGCCUGGACUGCUGCUUCAGAGGACGCCUACUGGUCACGGCGGGCAUCCCAAGCGGGGAAGCUCGUCACUUUGCUAUCUCGCUCUCUGCUUCCCGACUUCCGUAACAGAACACGGCUGAUUAGAGCCUCCAAUCCAUGCCUCUUUCCAUCUGAAAUUGUGUGCUUCUCAUCAUUUCUUUUUUUUUUUGUAAAUAAAGUGUCACUAUUCUACUUCUGUCUUCUGACCUUUGAUUGAUCUCAUGCCAAUAAAAUCGUCCUCAGCCUAAACGCAA